UUUGCCAUUGAAAUGAAAAUGUCAAAUUUAGUCAAAUGGUAAUCAUCUUAAUCUUUGGUACGGUUGUUUAUUUCGUUGCUUAGUUAUACAGGAUGCAAUACUAAAUUUUAAUAAAUAGAUAACUCUGUAGUAAUUCGAUAGUCCGAUUUUUCUAUAAUAUAAGAUUUGUGCAUACGUUUGACCAUCAGUUACUAGUAAAUUUCAGUAUGGCCUCGAAUGUAAUGAUUCGGUUAGCAUCCGACAGGGUGAACGUGUCCUUGCUUUCGGGCGAUAGUAAUCCACGAUUGUUUACACCAGGUGAAGUGAUAACAUCACAACAAGGAUUUAUGCGAGGCCAUGGUACCUACAUGGAAGAUGAAGACAUCAAAUCAUCGGUAGCCGGUGUAAUGGUUCAGGUUAACAAAUUGAUCACUGUUAAACCUCUGAAAGGUCGCUACGUCGGUGAAAUCGGAGAUGUUAUAGUGGCUCGUGUUACCGAUGUCCAACAGAAACGUUGGAAGGUGGAUACCAACUCUAGGUUGGAUUCGGUGCUUCUACUCUCGUCUGUUAAUUUGCCAGGUGGCGAACUACGACGUCGGGGCGUCGAAGAUGAGCAGCAAAUGCGCAAAUAUCUGCAAGAAGGUGAUCUAAUUUCCGCAGAAGUCCAAAACGUGCAUUCUGAUGGAGUGUUGUCGCUGCACACGAGAAGUUUGAAAUACGGAAAAUUAGGUCAAGGAAUUCUUGUAAAAGUCUUUCCUUCCCUGGUCAAACGGAGAAAAACGCAUUUCCAUAAUCUACCUUGCGGUGCAUCUAUUAUUCUGGGAAACAACGGAUUUAUUUGGAUAUCUCCAAUGGUAAACAGCGAAGCAGAAGGAGGUGGAGGCUUCACUCAAAACUUAGAAGAAUCCGUUUCGAAACAGGAUCGAGAAGUUAUUUCACGAUUGAGAAAUUGCAUUUUGGCAUUGGCUAACUGCAAAAUGCUUUUGUAUGAUACAAGUAUUUUAUAUGCGUACGAGGAGUCACUUAAAUACGAAGUCCAUGAAUUACUGCACCAGGAAGCAAUGUUUGAUAUUGCCUUUUUGACACAACAUAAACUACGGUUGCAGGAGUGAUGUGCGAUGUACGAUUGAAUAAAGUUCAAAUUCUUGA